ACUUUCUCUCCCCUCCCCCACGUUUUCUUAUUAUUUUUAUUGGAAAAAGGGAAUGACAUCAGUUGACUUUUGUUGUGUGAGAAAUAUUUUUUUAGUCACUUUCAUUGCAAAAGCCCUCAUUAUAUUUCUUCACACUCUCAUUCUUCACUUUCACACUUUCAUUUUUGUUUUUUUAUUUAUUCAAUAACUAAUUUUUACUACUGUUUUUUAUUUUUUUUCUACACACUUUUAUUUAAAAAGAACCAUGGGUAAUGCGCCAGGGAAACUCAACAGCAGCACCGCACCAGCAAUGCCACGUCUAGUUCCCAACGGCAUAUACCCCGAAGACGCCCAGGAUUUUGACGCCAAAGUUGUCCAGCGCCUGAUCCUAAUUCGGCAGAUGGCUCCCUUUUACGCCGGUGCCGAUGACCCUGACCCCGAGGACAACAAUGCUGAUGCCAAUGCCAAUGCCAAUGCUGAUGGUGAUGCUGAUGGUGAUGAUGCUGCGGUUGCGAUUGCGGCUGCGGUUGCUGCUGGUUCGGCAGAUCAGACAAAGAAAAACGACGAUGGGUGGUGGAGCUAUAACAUGAUGCUUGCGCAGCACGAGCAGCAGCAGAAACAAAGUAGUAAGGAUCCACCGGGGUGCUCCACAGCAUCCUUGGCUGAAGGCUCGGCUGCGUCGCCGGGCAGACGCAACGGCCAUGCGCGUGUAGGCAGUGGGUUUUUCCAGCGACUCAAAAACUCCCACCAACGGUCACCAUCAUCCGCCGCCGCUGCCGCUGCCAACUCUGACCCACAGUCGCCGCUUGCAUUUCCCAAGCACUCGUCGCCAUCACUGUCGCCAGCACCAACCCACCAGCACCUGCACAACCACGAGCGGUCAUUUUCCGACCAGCAGCAACAGCAGCCAUCAGCGGACCUGCAGAAACUUUUGCGCCGGCAUGUCGAAUGCCCGAUCUGCUUCCUGUACUACCCGCAGAACAUCAACUACACCCGGUGCUGCCACAAGCCACUGUGCACAGAGUGCUUUGUGCAGAUUAAGCGUAAGCUCGAUGAUGGUCUGAUUACGCCAACGCACUGCCCUUACUGCGUGGAGGUGAAUCUAGGCAUUAUAUAUUAUGCGCCUGUGGGUGUCAGAGGAUUAGUGACGGCGUCACUGGCCGGAGGUGGCUUUGUGGAUGAUUCGCGUGGCAGGGCGCACAGUUUUUCCGGGGGAAGGAAUGCCAACAAUAAUACUGGUGAGCCGCUUAUAGUUAUGAGCGACGAUAUCAGGCCUGGGUUGGUGAAGGAACUGGGCGCAGAGAUGGAGGCGAAGCGGAGGGAGCAGGAGAGGUCGGCGGAGAAUAUGGCCCUGGUGGCUGCGGCUACAAGGAGAGCCAGUGCCAGGGCUGCCAGGGCUGGGAGAUCACAGGCUGCUGCUAGCAGUGACAGUGGCAGUGACAGUAGGCAAAGAAGGUUGGUGGCAGUGGCGCCCGAGUACGCUGCUUAUGCGUCGGCUAUGCGCGCGGCGGGUCAGACUGACUUGGAGGAGUUUUUGAUACAGGAAGCAAUACGUAUGAGCUUGGCUGCGCAAGAGGGUGAGCAGCAGCAGCAGCGGAAUGUUACCGCCACUGAUCCGCUCGAGCCCCUUGCCGAGCAGCCCGAAGAAUCGGCCGCUGCUCCUACUACUGGUUUGGAUGAUGCGAUUGGUCCAAUUGAUCCGGUUGAGCCAAUUCCGAUACCAUCCAGCCUACUUCUGCUCCAGCCCUUGCUCCGCUGACCCUCGACGCAGCUGAGCUGGACGCCAUAGCCAACAUCACAUCGCGCUGUAAACCCUCCACCUCCUACCACUCGCUUUCGCCACGCCCUGCCGCCGCUGGUACUGCUGCCGAAACAAGUGGAGAAGGACCAGCAGAGUCAUCCUCAGCCAAUACCAUAUCGC